AUGAAGGGCUCUAAUCUUCUACGUGCUCCAACCUCUCUCUCGACUUCACUUCCACUAUAUUCUCCUCUCAAAUUCGUAGCCCCCUUCAGAAAUCCCAUAUGUUUCAGUCACCUGAUCCUAAGUUCUUUGAAGCUUCACCCAAUUCGCAUCUCUUCUCUGCACGCUACUGCUACUCAAGAGACUGUAGAAGUUGGUGAGACUGAGUCACAAUUUGUUGAAAUUGGGUACAUAUCUAGCGUCCAUGGACUACAAGGAGAGGUUCGGGUCAAGCCUAACACAGAUUUUCCAGAACUGAGAUUUGCAGAGCCAGGAAGGAGAUGGUUGAAGAGACAGAUUUUAGGGAGAGAAAUAGUUGAAGAGGUUGAGUUGAUGGAGGGAAGAGGACACCAUGGACAAAAGAGUUGGAUAAUUAAAAUCAACAACAUUGACAAAGUAGAGCAGGCUCAACAACUCGUGGGGUCAACAAUACUUGUAUUGGAUGAAGAUAGACCAGAGUUGGAAGAAGGUGACUUUUAUGCACGUGAUCUUGUUGGCAUGAGAGUUACUCUUCAGGAAACUGGUGAACCAGUGGGAACUGUUGUGAAUGUUUUCGACAAUGGAGGAAGUGAUCUCUUACAAGUUAAGCUUAAUUCAUCUUUAGAUAUAAUAGACAAAAAUGGAAAGAUGAAAUCAGAAGCACCUCUUGUGUGGGUCCCAUUUGUUGAAGCAAUUGUUCCUCAUGUUGAUAUGAUAAAACGAGAAAUGACGAUUACGCCCCCUAAGGGACUCCUUGAAUUAAAUGUAAGGUCCGAUGAAAGGUCAAAGAAAGAACGCCGACAGCUUGAAUGGAAAGAUAGGAAAAAGUUUCAGAAAAGGGUUAUAGCAGCAAAAAAGAAACUGUGUGAAAUGGAACAGAAGCAUGUUUUUGAGGGGUUUAGAUAUGGAGAGAAAUCUCAAGGGAGUUUAUUAGCUGAACAGAUUGUUGGUGUUAACUCCCAACUGCUUCAAGUAGCAUUAAAGACUAUUGAGACACCUUCUGACAGGUGGCAUUUAUCCGAGUUCUUGGAAGCAUAUAAUAAAGAAACAACAAGAGAUGUUUUCAAGGUUUCAAAAGGGUGUCUUGUUAGUGAAGAUAAAGAGUACACAAGUUCCAAGAUAACAGAGAGGUGUAAGGCUCUGAUAUCCAAUGGCAAAGUUGCAAAUAUUUUGGUUGUUGAGGGUAAAAGUUCUGAAUCUGAAGGGACUGAUAGAUUUAUCCAAAGAUUAGUCGAGAUGGAAAGCCAUGGAACCACACCUUUGAUUCUGGUUUGUCCUAUUAACAAAAUGGAAACAUUUCAAAACUUGAUGACAGAUAAUGACUACUUCGGCUUUGAUCCUGAAAAGGUUUGGAUUUUGGAAGAAGAAAAGUUACCAGUUGUAAGCUCUUCACAUGGAGAACACAAGAUCUUGAUGAAAUCCCCAUGGGAAAUACUCCAAAAGCCAGUUGGAUCUGGUGGUGUCAUUAGCUUACUUUCAUCACACAAUAGCUUAGAGUCUCUUGCUGCAAUGGGUGUUGAGUAUAUUGAGAUUUCUAGUGUAGAUCAAAGAUAUAUUGGUGGGGAGGAUCUUGUUGGUUUGGUGGAUUCAAGUGAAGCUGAUGUUGGGAUAAAAACCUUUGGUGGCAUCAAUGGCGUUGAUGAUAUUUUCAACAUGGUAUUUUCUAUAAAAUAUAUAACACAAUUGACAAAAAAUAUCAACAAGUUGCUAUUUGAUGCUGUUUUGAGGUCAACCCAACACGUGGAGAUGGUUGACAAAGAAUGGGUGGAUAUAACACCUUCAACACAUAACUCAUAUGAGUUUCGUUCUUCAAUUUAUACUUGUUUAAAAGCUUGUUCUUUUGAUAAAGUUUGUGUAAUGGAGGUUGUGGAUUAG